AUGGCAUCGAAUGAACAGUCGGUCUACCUUGGAAUCUGGACCAACUGGUCUCAUGGCGCCGUGGCUGGACUGACCUACACAACCACGCUAGAGAAUGGCGGGUUACUCAUCGCUUUCUUGGCUCUUUUCGUUACAUUUACCGGCACGUGUUUCUGGAGCAUUGUAUCCUUUACGGUCCAUCAAACACUAAGCCGGCAAGCACCCCAGGGUGCAAUUUACCACCAGCAACAAGCAAUACUUCGCAGCUCCGAUACUAGUGCCGCUGCACUAUGGCGGCUGGUAAAAUUGUCAUGGGCUUGGCGCAAGAUCUCUUUGACUACCUCCGUCAAAUCGACUUCAAUACCGCUGGUGGCGAGUCUGGCUACUUUUACCGCAUUUGCUGCAGCAGGUAUCUUUUCCUCGCGAGUUGCCACGUCAAGGGGAGGCGAAGUCCUCAUCGUCGGUGAUAAAUGUUCCACCUUCAACAGCUCUCUCUUGAACGCAGAUAACAUCGCCGCGAGUCAAUACUAUGGUGCUAGCAGGAUCAGAUCGAGCUUCAACUACGAGGCAAACUGCUAUUCAGCACACGGAUCAACAGAGGGUUGUCGCACCUUUGUCCGAAGUGCCCUUCCCGUGACAGUCACAACAGGUGGUCCAUGUCCAUUUGCAGGACAGGACGCAAUUUGUCGGUCUCAGAAUGAUUCUAUUCGCCUAGACUCGGGCUAUCUCAACAGCCAUUACGACCUGGGAAUCAACUCGCCGCCUUCUUCCAGAUUCCUAUACCGCACUGUCAACCAAUGUGCUCCUAUACUUAGCGAAGGCUACAUUCGUAACCAGACUACGGAAAAUAGCAAAACCUUGAUAUAUCAGUAUGGAGAUAACCCAACUGAAUGUGGCGACGACGCGAAUGGAUGCAGUAUGAUUUUUGAUUACGGAAUCGGGUAUUCAAGUCGAACAGCACGCAAUGAGUACACAGUCAGCUCUAGUGCAAUCGCCAAUUGGCAAUCGGUGCCAGAGCUAUCCUACAUGAUUAAUAGAUGGCAGCCGAUACCUGAGCUUAUGGUACAAAAUGCCGAUAUCGCUGUCUUUUUCUUGGAAUUAGACAGUAUUGUGUACGCCACACCUGUCUCUGAUCCUUGGUUUACGGCACAAGAGGGACCGUUCAAUUCUUCUACAACCUAUGGCAACAUCACCAGCUAUUUCGGUGACCAGUCAGCGAAAGCACUAGCAUGCGCUCAACAAUACCAGUUUUGCAACCCGACGCUCCCCAAAAACAUAAGCUGUACGCCAUUGAUGGGGAUAUUUGAAGCAGCAAGAAUAGCCUCAUCGACCAUAUUCACGGAGCCACAUAACAAAGACGUCUUCGGAUGGUCUGCACUUGCGAUCCAGUUCAUGGCAAAUGGGUUCACUGAGAUUGUUACCAUCUUGAGAGGCGGGGCUCUUCUUGCAAGCGACACCCUCUCCGGAGUUGGUCAGUAUGGUUUACCCAACAACCAGUGGGAGAUUGAAUUACAGCAUUGGUUCAGAACCACCUUGGCCGACCUCCAGCGCGCAAUACUUGAUCAGGCUACUGGGCCAGCGGAUCCAAACGCAACCUCUUUCUACUCGCCACCUACAUCCGCAGAGGCACGUGCCGUUUGCGGCAACCAAAAGAUCCGGUCGGACUCCUACACGUCUUUCAACGUACUUGGCUUAAGCGUCGUUUUCUCUAUUGGCGGUCUCAUCAUGCUCAUCUCAGCGUGUCUACCGGCGGCUACUACAAGGAUACAGCGGAACCGAAAGCCGUUUUCCAGCCUGGAAUGGAUCUCUAAUGACACACUGCAGCUUCAGCGACUGGCGCAUGAAGCGGUCGGGGCAGGGGAUUGGACGGGUGCUCGCGAUGACUACCCACUCACACGAAAGAAUGAUCUUUUGGCUGUGCUCGACAUUGCUGACAGAAAGCAUCCCGUUCUUCGAUCUCAACCGACUUGCAACUCUUCUCAGACUGUUCAAUCUCAUCAAAAGGUUGAUGAUGCGAGUUCCAUACAAGCCCAGCCGAACAUGGACAUCAUGACAGAAAGAACGGCGAGUAGCCAAGGAACAUGCAGCGAGGGAAAUUGCGACAGCCGUAUGGAAGAGGGAAUAGAUGAUUCGAUACAGGCGUCUCUACUCAGUGUUGAGAUUCCACGCACGUCACUAGAUUUCCCGCACCGCUUUCCAGCUUAG